AUGCCCAUCAUCCUCAUGUGUCCACUGUCAGGUUCAGUGGGUAACCUUUAGGAAAACUAGGAGGAUCAGCUAUGCUUUGGGCAAGUCAUUUCUGUAUUUAUGCUUAAUCAAAUAAUCUAUUAGCCUAAUUCAUAGACCUAAUUCACCCAAGUCAUAGACUGAUAUCUCUGCUACCACACCGCAAGCAGUACAGACUGCCAACAGGACUUUGAACAGCUUCUACCCUCAAGCCAUAAGACUGUUAAAUAGUUAACCAAAUAGCUACCUUUUGACUCAUCACAUAUGCUGCUGCUACUCCUUAUUAUCUAUCCUGUUGCCUAGUCACUUUACCCCUACCUAUAUGUACAGUUGAAGUCGGAAGUUUACAUACACCUUAGCCAAAUACAUUUAAACUCAGUUUUUCACAAUUCCUGACAUUUAAUCCUGAUAAAAAAUUCCCUGUCUUCGGUCAGUUAGGAUCACCACUUUAUUUUAAGAAUGUGAAAUGUCAGAAUAAUAGUAGAGAGAAUGAUUUAUUUCAGCUUUUAUUUAUUUCAUCACAUUCCCAGUGGGUCAGAAGUUUACAUACACUCAAUCAGUAUUUGGUAGCAUUGCCUUUAAAUGGUUUAACUUGGGUCAAAUGUUUCGGCUAGCCUUCCACAAGCUCCCCACAAUAAGUUGGGUGAAUUUUGGCCCAUUCCUCCUGACAGAGCUGGUGUAACUGAGUCAGGUUUGUAGGCCUCCUUGCUCGCACACACUUUUUCAGUUCUGCCCACAUAUUUUCAAUAGGAUUGAGGUCAGGGCUUUGUGAUGGCCACUCCAAUACCUUGACUUUGUUAUCCUUAAGCCAUUUUGCCACAACUUUGGAAGUAUGCUUGGGGUCAUUGUCCAUUUGGAAGACCCAUUUGCGACCAAGAUUUAACUUCCAGACUGAUGUCUUGAGAUGUUGCUUCAAUAUAUCCACAUAAUUUUCCUUCCUCAUGAUGCCAUCUAUUUUGUGAAGUGCACUAGUCCCUCCUGCAGCAAAGCACCCCCACAGCAUGAUGCUGCCACCCCGUGCUUCACGGUUGGGAUGGUGUUCUUCGGCUUGCAAGCAACCCACUUUUUCCUCCAAACAUAACAAUGGUCAUUAUGGCCAAACAGUUCUAUUUUUGUUUCAUCAGACCAGAGGACAUUUCUCCAAAAAGUACGAUCUUUGUCCCCAUGUGCAGUUGCAAACCGUAGUCUGGCUUUUUUAUGGCGGUUUUGGAGCAGUGGCUUCUUCCUUGCUGAGCGGCCUUUCAGGUUAUGUCGAUAUAGGACUCGCUUUACUGUGGAUAUAGAUACUUUUGUACCCGUUUCCUCCAGCAUCCUCACAAGGUCCUUUGCUGUUGUUCUGGGAUUGAUUUGCACUUUUCGCACCAAAGUACGUUCAUCUCUAGGAGAAAGAGCGCGUCUCCUUCCUGAGCGGUAUGACGGCUGCGUGGUCCCAUGGUGUUUAUACUUGCGUACAAUUGUUUGUACCGAUGAACAUGGUACCUUCAGGCGUUUGGAAACUGCUCCAAAGGAUGAACCAGACUUAUGGAGGUCUACAAUUUUUUUUCUGAGGUCUUGGCUGAUUUCUUUUGAUUUUCCCAUGAUUUCAAGCAAAGAGGCACUGAGUUUGAAGGUAGGCCUUGAAAUACAUCCACAGGUACACCUCCAAUUGACUCAAAUGAUGUCAAUUAGCCUAUUAGAAGCUUCUAAAGCCAUGACAUGAUUUUCUGGAAUUUUCCAACCUGUUGAAAGGCACAGUCAACUUAGUGUAUGUAAACUUCUGACCCACUGGAAUUGUGAUAGUGAAUUAUAAGUGAAAUAAUCUGUCUGUAAACAAUUGUUGGAAAAAUUACUUGUGUCAUGCACAAAGUAGAUGUCCUAACCGAUUUGCCAAAACUAUAGUUUUAAACUUGCGACCUAAACUGUACAUAUCUAUCUCAAUUGCAUUGACUCGGUACUGGUACCUCGUGUAUAUAGCCAAGUUAUCAUCACUCAUUGUGUAUUUAUUCUUUCUGUUAUUAUAUUUCUAUUAUUUUUCUAUUUUUCUCUUUGCAUUGUGGGAAGAGCCUGUAAGUUAGCAUUUCACUGUUAGUCUACACCUGUUUACAAUGCAUGUGACAAAUACAAUUUGAUAAUUCAUUGGUAUUGCUAAUUUCAUACAAAUCGUAGUAGUCAUAUUAUUUUAAAGGCUAGUUGUCUAAUGUAAUUAGACUGCUAUCAACCAUUAGGUUACAAUGUCUUCGAGAGUGAUAGUGAAUGCUGUAUACUUAUCUGCGGUGGUGAAAUAGCUAAUGAGCACUAAUGAGCACCUUGGAAAGCUCUCUCAACACAAUGAAUGACAUGUUUUACUUCCAGAGUUUUUUGGACAGGCGGUAGCCAUGGCUUCCCGAGCUGGACCUCGAGCUACUGGCACAGAUGGGAGUGACUUUCAGCACCGCGAGAGAGUGGCCUCACACUACCAGAUGAGGUUCGCUCUCAUUUGAAUGUUUUUACAUUUACAUUUUAGUCAUUUAGCAGACGCUCUUAUCAAGAGUGACUUACAGGAGCAAUUAAGGUUAAGUGCCUUCGUAAGAACAAGAUGACCGGUUUUGUUCACAGUGACCCAUUUGAAACACCACAUAUUCUUGUGCUUCUCCUCUGUCUUUCUCAUCAGUGUCGCCCUCAAGUCGGAGAUCCGUAAGCUAAACAUCGUCCACCUUCUGAUCUGGCUCCUCUUAGCUGCCCAGGUGACGGUGAGCCAGCUGAACCUGGUGUCCCACAGCGUGGUGGCUGCUCCCUACCAGUGGGAGUACCCCUACCUGCUCAGUAUCAUCCCCUCCCUCUUCAGCUUCAUGGCCCUGCCCAAAAACAACAUUAGCUACCUGGUGAUCUCCAUGAUCAGUGCUGGGCUCUUCUGCAUAGCGCCGCUCAUCUACGGGAGUAUGGAGAUGUUCCCGGUGGCCCAGCAGCUGUACCGUCACGGCAAGGCCUACCGCUUCAUCUUCGGCUUCUCUGCUGUGUCCGUCAUGUACCUGGUGAUGGUGAUGGCGGUGCAGGUGCACGGCUGGCAGAUCUACUACAGCAAGAAGCUGCUGGACGCCUGGUUCACCUCCACACAAGACAAGAAGAAGAAAUGAGGACAGAGGAGGACUUCAUUAUUUAAACAACUGACAAAGAACAACUAUUGCUGCCUGCCACUGUCUGCCACUGCUUCUAGGCCUAUCUUCCAUAUAUAUUUGAAUUCUAAACCCCC